ACUCCGCGCCAACGACCCAGCCGUUGGGCUAAGUGGACACACCCCAGGAGCCCUCACUCCCCUCCCUGACCCCUGGCCCGUGGCCCACCUCGCCCAGCUCCUGUGGUUGGUCCUGCCUCUGCCCCCAGGGCUCAGCCGGCAGUGGAGGCUCGGCCUCCUGGGCAGGCCCGGUGUCCAGGGCUGAUGUCACAAAGGGCCAGCCAGCUCUGCCUCUGCGGGGCCUGGUGGCCGGGCCCCAGCGGCAGUGCCCUCCCCUCCCCCUGCCCCUCUAGCGGAGGUGCUGGUACUAUGAAACGGUAACCUGCCCUGGAGCCAGCAGACUCCAGCCAGGCCCCCGUCGAGGGACCCAGGCCGCCGCUGCCGCCCGCGCCCACCGGCCGCCCGGGCCCCAGGCCCGCGUCUCCACACCGCCCCGGCCCUCGGCAUGCCUAACUACUACGAGGUGCUGGGGGUGCAGGCUAGCGCCUCCCAGGAGGACAUCAAGAAGGCCUACCGCAAGCUGGCCUUGUGCUGGCACCCCGACAAGAACCCUGACAACGAGGAGGAGGCCGAGAAGAAGUUCAAGCAGGUGUCCGAGGCCUACGAGGUCCUGUCCGACUCCAAGAAGCGCUUGGUGUACGACCGCGCGGGCUGCGACAGCUGGCGGGCCGGCACCCGCUACAGCAGCCCCUUCGACAGCGGCUACACCUUUCGCAACCCCCAGGACAUCUUCCGCGAGUUCUUCGGAGGCCUGGACCCCUUCUCCUUCGGCUUCUGGGACAGCCGGCUCGGCAGCGAGCACGCGGGCCGGGGCCACGGGCUGCGCGGCGCCCUCUCGGCCGGCUUCGGCGAGUUCCCGGCUUUCGUGGAGGCUUUCUCAGCCUUGAACACCCUGGGCCGCAGCGGGGGCGGCGCCAGCCGUGCCACCUUCUCGUCUGCAUCCUUCGCCGGCUCUGGCUCGGGCAGCUCGGGCUUCAAGUCGGUGAUGUCGUCCACCAAGAUGGUCAACGGACACCAGGUCACCACCAAGCGCAUCGUGGAGAACGGGCAGGAGCGUGUGGAGGUGGAGGAGGAUGGGCGGCUCAAGUCCGUGACCGUCAAUGGCAAGGAGCAGCUCAAACGGCCGGACAGCAAGUAGGCUCCGCCCACUGCCUGUGCCCACCGCCUGGGCGAUGCUUAAUAAACAUGCCGAGCGGGUUCACGGAGACAGCUGCCCGCUUGGUGGGGGGCGGGCAGCCUGGGCGCACCCGCGAGGCCCGGGGACGUGCCCAGCGCCUGGCGCAGGCUGACUUCGCGAGGGCGCCGUUCAGGCUCGGGGUUAGGAGCUCCCUGCGCCUGCGCCUGCGCCUGCGUCCUCGGGUCGUGAGCGUCCUGACCAGC